AUCAAAUGCGAGGUGAUAAGAGAUCGAAGAACGCAGCAAUCUCUACAGUACGCCUUUAUUGAAUUUGACGACCCAAAAAGCUGCGAGCAGGCGUUUUUCAAAAUGGACAACGUGCUCAUUGAUGAUAGAAGAAUUCAUGUGGAUUUCUCACAAUCAGUGGCAAAGCUACAUCAAGGCUAUAAGGAAGGGAAAGCUCAACGGUACAAUGCAGAGGAAGAGGAGGGAAAAGACCACAAGCCGCGACGACCACACGUGAAAAAGGAUCCUUCUCCAAUGAGAAAUGGGAAAGAGGAACGGCAUACUGAAAAGCAUCGUAGCAGUAAAAGGUCUCCUGAUAGAAAAAAAGAAACACUCCCAGAAAAAAAGCGUCGUGAGAGGUCCCGCAGUAGAGAUGAUCUGCCUCAAAGGUAUCGCCGUGAGAGAAGUCCUGAAAAAUCAAGCGGAAGGCGCUCUCGCAGCAAAGAGCGGGCGCCUCGGAAUAAGGCAGGCAGAUCGAGGAGUCGAGAAAAGCUUCGUGCGAGAGAAAAUAGGGAGAGACACGAUAGCCGGGAAAGACAACGUGAAAAUAAGAGAGAAAGAGAAGAUCUAUCACGCCGUGAGAGACGACGGCGACGUUCACCAAGCAGAUCAGCCAGUCCAGAAAAGUCGAGGAAUCGAGAGCGAUCACGAUCACCGGGUAGAAAGAAGCAUCGCAAGUAA